UCUAGAUUCAUGUGAUUCGUGCGUGGAUCUGUGCCAUAGACUGUGCUCUGCAGACUGUACAUUGGCAUUAUCGAAGUGUUCCUGCGCAGUUCACUCGCCCUUUUUUUUUUGUAAAAACAUACGCUGCAGAGAUCUAUGGCAAAUAUGAGUGCCACUGAGAAAAUUCAGCUGCACGUACCAUCUUUAGAAGAACUUAGUGCUGUGUUGCAAACAGGACUGCAAGCUAACUUUGCCGAAGUUAAAGUCAGUGUGGUUGCAUGUCCAGAUCUGACCAGGGAGCCCUUUCUGUUUCCUGCCCAGGGUUUAUGUGGAAAUCCUCGCAUCACAGAUGUUGGUGGUGUGCCUUACCUGGUCCCUGUAGCUAAAAAGGAAAAGGAAUAUGACAUGAACGUUAUUUCAAAAGAAGUGGAGCUCCCUGGAGGAUUUUUUCUUGGUGCAGGGGCUGUUGCUUCCAGAGUAGUUGGAAUAAAUGCUGAGUUUAUGCCAAUUGUUCUGACCGAGGCAGAGGGGAGACCCGCAGUUAAUGGCAGCUACUUCUCUUGUAUCAAUCCAGUUGAUGGCCAGUGCCUUCAGGAAAAGUAUAGCGACAAAUUCUCUGACUGCCACUUUGGUCUAAUGGCAAACCUGUAUGCUUGUGAGGGGAAACCUGGGAAGGUCAUAGAGGUUCUGGCCAAGAAGAGAACAGGAGAUCAAAGCCUUGUGACUGCAUUAAGAAAGGCUCUUGAAAACCACUAUCCUGACAAAAGCCUGGCUCUUGGAGGAACGUUUGUCAUACAAAAAGGGAAAGCUAAAAUCCACAUUAUGCCAAGAGAAUUCUCAGCCUGCCCACUCAACACUAAUGAUGAGGUCAACAACUGGCUUAAGCACUUUGAAGUCUGUGCUCCUCUCAUCUGCCAGUCAGUGCUUGUGUCCAAAGACCCAGGUUUAGACCUAAGAAUUGAGCAUACUCACAUCUUCAGCCAUCACGGAGAAGGAGGGCACUACUACAUUGACACCACCCCAGAUAUUGUGGAGUAUGUGGGCUACUUCAUGCCUGCAGAAUAUGUGUACCGCAUUGACAGGCCGAAGGAGACGCAUGCAGUCGGACGCGAUUAAGCUAACAAAUAAUACUUAAAAUUCAUUACCUAAUCAGUAUAUGCAAUACCUGUAUAAUAACGAAUGCCAGAGACAGAGUCAUUUUGGUCACUAUUGGCUGAACUAUAUCUUGAAUGAAUAUAAAUAAUUUGUCUUACAUUUCAUCAGUUACCUGUUCUACACUUGCACUGUGUUUGAUUAUCACAAUCAGAACAUAACACAUAGCCAAAUGAAGUAUUUAGAUUUUUGAUACAAGAUACAGUGAUUUUGAAAUAAAUAUGUAAAUAUAUUCUCGCAAAGGA